CGAUUUAUUUCUGAAUCUGUUCAACAUCAAACCAAAUACGUUAUUAUGGCAUUAGCUCCUAGAAUAUGGAUAUUUUUACUCAGUCUCUUCCACGUCUUAGGGUACCAUUUAACAUCAGCAGGGUAUUACUGCUAUUACAGCUAUUAUUACUAUAGUAGUCGCUGCUAUUACUACUACUCCUCCUACAGUGACGUAGGGACCAUUGCGGGGGCUGUCGUGGGAGGCAUAAUUUUCACAGUCAUCGUUGUUGUCGUUGUCAUCAUCAUCUGCUGUAAAAAGAAAAAUCGGCCAGGACAGGUCAUUCAUAAUACACCUGCAGUCAACACUGUGACCACAACUCAUUAUGGACAACCAGGAUAUGGACAAACAGGAUAUGGACAGCCACCACCAAGUUACGGACAACCACAGCCAGGAUUCAGCCAAUACAAUCAGUAUCCACCGCCACCUGGUGGUAACCCCGCCUAUCCUCCUCCACCACCUCCUAAAUAUUAACCAACCAAAACGUCUUCUCACUUUUAUUUCAGAAGUGCCAUUCACUUAUUGUGAUAUUUUCAUUCUAAAUAUGGUAUGCU